GUGAUAAAAAGAUGGCCGACUGAGAAAUUCAGAAAUUAACAACACCCAUUGAAAUGCGAAUUUACUGAUGGUUAUUUGAAUAGAUUCAUUGCUCAACAGCCAAAAUGUUGGUCUUAGUAUUAGGUGAUUUGCACAUUCCUCACAGAUGUAACAGUGUACCUAGUCGCUUUAAAAAGCUACUGGUACCAGGAAAGAUUCAACAUAUAUUAUGUACUGGUAAUUUGUGUACAAAGGAAUCCUUUGAUUAUUUGAAAACAUUGGCUAGUGAUGUCCAUGUUGUUAGAGGAGAUUUUGAUGAGAACAUGAACUAUCCAGAACAGAAGGUAGUGACCGUGGGUCAGUUUAGAAUUGGUCUUUGUCAUGGUCAUCAAGUAGUACCAUGGGGAGAUAAUGAAAGUCUAGCUAUGGUACAAAGACAAUUAGAUGUUGAUAUCCUAAUCUCUGGCCAUACUCAUAAAUUUGAAGCAUUUGAACAUGAGGGAAAGUUUUAUAUUAACCCAGGAUCAGCUACUGGUUCUUAUAAUCCAUUAGACAGUAGCGUGGUACCAUCAUUUGUUAUAUUAGACAUUCAACAGUCAACAGUAGUAGCCUAUGUUUAUAAAUUAGUUAAUAAUGAUGUUAAAGUUGAAAGAAUUGAAUACAGAAAAUCAUAAAGUUACUAGUAUAAUAUCACUUGUUGUCUUGUCAAUUUAUUAAUGUUAGAAUUUUUGUCAGAUUUUACACAACUUUUUCUAAUUUGAGCUACACAUUACACUCUUCUGAAUGGUCAUAUCAUUCAUUCAAUUCUAUCAAAGUGUCAAACAAAUUAUACACCCAAAGUACAAACAUAGGAAAACUUCAAUGGUAUCAUUAUAUGUGAUUAAUUGAUUAAAAGUAUUCUGCAGAUGAAAUUAAGAUUUUAUUAAAAGUUAUGGAAUGAGGACUAACUUCCUUUAAGUUAAUAUUUUGUACAAAUAUUUUGUGCUGUUGUAUUUUUUUUUCCAAUUUGAUUUGAUUUCAAGAAUUCAAAAAUAUGACUUUCUAUAUCUAUAACUUCAAAAAAUUCAUUAUUAUAAUAUGAUGAAAACAAUAUGGAUUCCAGUCAUAUGUUGUAAGUUCUAAAUCAUGAAAAAGACGGCUACCUUUGCAUAACUUCUAGGGUUAAAAUACAUGAAAGUUUAGCUUUUGAUGAGGUUUUAUUAAAAAUUCAAUAUCUCUAAGGGACUCCAAAGGACAAUCAAAUGAAAUGAAUAUUUUAGAUUUUCAUGCUUUUGAGGUUGUAAACAAGAUGCCUAUAGAUAUAUCAAACUCUUCAAAUAUAAUAAGUCAUCACUUGAAGAACAUGGCUAUUGUUUAUGAUUUACUAUUGGAUGAUAUAUUGUCAUGUAUAUAAGAUAUAUGUAAUAAAUAAAUAUUAACACUGAUAAA